UUGAUAGCUAAAUACUCUGCUUUGUUAGAACCUGUUGUCAACGCACUCCAAUCCAUAGCUUUGGAUGUGGUUAAGGCCUCGCAACACGUCAAACGCAUUUUGCAAUUGCUUAAGAGCCACCGUGAUAAUCCCGAAAGAGUCACAGAUGAAAUUAUAAAGGAUGCUACUGUUGUUGCGGAGAAAGUCGGCCUGGAGGAGGAUAUCACUUCAAUGCCGCGCAUUGUUGGGAAACAACGUCAUCGAAGCAAUCACCCAGCAGAAAGCCCUUCAGAAUUCUGGAAAAGAUCAUUAAUAAUACUAUACUUGGACUCCGUUAUUACAUCGCUUGAAACACGCUUUGCUGAAGAAAAUACUCCAUCAUUUGCUUUAUCUAAAUUACACCCCGCACAAAUGCAAACGAUGUCAGUCGAAAUCUCACAGAAACUUGUGAAACUAUCGCUCAGUUUUAUAAUUUACCAAACAUAA